AUGUUUGCCGCUCGCAAAGGAUCGCACCAAUUGGUGGCAACUGCAGAUCUUGUGGAUGGCCUUUAUUGGCUUCACACAGCUCAUCGAUCGGCCAAUACGGCAACAAACGGAAGCAACGGUGUCGACUUACAUGCGCGAAUGGGACACGCUCCAGCUGAUGUUCUUCGCAAAAUGGUGGCCACGAACAUGAUCAAGGAUGUGAAGGUACUUCUCACGUCGAGUGGAUCAAGCGCAUGCCGAGGAUGUCAACAAGGGAAAAUGGUCCAAAAACCAUUCUCACACAACCAGGACAAGCGCAGAUUCGACAUCUUCGAGCUACUUCACGUCGACAUAUGCGGACCCAUAGAAAUGAAUUCUCUGGGUGGCAGCAAAUAUCUACUGCUGAUCUUUGACGAAGCCAGUGGAUGCAUGAAGGGCUUCUGUCUACGUGUGAAGUCGGAGAGUGAAAACUACAUCACACGAUACAUCAAGAUGGUGCAAGCGCAGUUUGGCAAGAAGGUCAAGCUCGUCCGACACGACGGAGCCCGCGAGUUCGCAACCAACUCGCUUCAAGAAUUCUACGAAGAUGAAGGCAUUGAGCAGCAGACGAUGGUGCCAUAUGCACACCAGACCAACGGCACGGUAGAGCGCGCCAUUCGGACUAUCGUCACAAUUGGUCGCAGCAUGCUCCACCAUGCCAAGUUGGAAAAGUGCUUCUGGGCCGAAGCAGCAAUGACGGCAAACUACGUCAAGAACCGUCUGCCGUCGCCUAACGUUAUGCACAAGACUCCGUUCGAGUUCUUCAACAACUCCAAGCCAAGUGUCAAGCACAUGCGGGUGUUCGGUUGUCAGGUUUACAUACUGACACCGAUGGAGAAGCGGCUCAAGUGGGACCCCAAGGCUCGCACUGGGAUAUUCUUGGGCUACGAAGAAGCAUCUAAAGCGUAUCACGUUUAUGACAUCGAGGCGGGGCAGGUGGUCAUCAGUCGCAUGUCAACUUUGAUGAGUCCUCUUUUGGACUUUCGCCGCCUAUCAAUUAUGAAGAUACCGAUGACCUUGACUUCGACUCCCUCGAACUGGAUGAUGAAGAGCCGGGCAAGAGCAGUACAAGCAAACAGGCAAGCGCAAGAGUCGUCUUCAUGA